AAAAGUUUCCAAGGUUCCAAGUUGGUUUGGUAAGAUUUAAAAAAAAAUCUGAAGAAGAAUCCUACCGACAAGGUAUCAAUGCGCAUUUGGUAAAUUACCAUAUCAAUUUUUUGUUUUGUGCCACCAGCGAUCGUCAUGUCAAUUCCCACCACCUCUGCCUCUACCUCGACUGAUGGCCACUUCUACGCGACGAGUUGAAGCGCUUCAGCGCUCCCAAAACCACUACCAGCGACGCGCCCACCAGCAUCAGCAACCAAACAUCAAUUCAACUUCCCCUGCAACAAGUCUUGACGUUAAUAAUCUGGCUGCUAAGCACGCUCAUGUUAUCGCGACGCAAAUCAGGACGCGAAAUUCCCAAAAUAUCUUACAACAAUCCAGUCCGCCUCGAAUGAAACGUCCUCUCGAUCCUAUUGCGAAUAACUACGACACUCCUAAGAAUAAAAGGGCAAGAAUUACGGUCGAGAUUCUAGCCAGACCCAUUCCUCCUACUAGCCCUCCUAAAUCAAUUACCGUAAAGACACAGCCUCAACCUCAUUCGCAACCGCAACCGCAACCGCAGACGCAAUCUCAACAACCCCCUACGAACGAAUCGAUCGUCGCAUCAACCAACACUUUACCCUCUGCUGCUCCUGCGCGACAGCAACUGCAAUCCAACAAGACGGCGACAGUAGCAGAACCAGUUCUUAAAAAACACAAGGAAAAGGCGAUCAAUGGAAUUAAACAUGAAUUGGACAGAUUACAACCAAAUGCAGCGGAUACGAGUUCGGCAGCAGCAGAACGGCCCGGUCGCAAGUUGCGGUCACAGGAGGCGACUCGAUUCAAGAGUGAGCUUUCGGCAUAUUUUCCCGAUUAUGACGAAGUAAUCGGCAAUGAUCCUAAAGAACAACAUAUUCUUAAUCUUGAUACCCCUAUCGUAUUUGUCGAUACGAAUCCCCUCCGUAAUAAUACCACUACUAAACUCCAUCCCCAUCAAUCGCAUCCUCCGAUCUCCCCUCCACGAACAGCGCUAGACUCUACCCAUUCGCCCCACUGCCACACAGUGCGAACAUACGGCGAUAAUCUCUUCCUCGACUUACACGAUUCACAACGAAUUGAUUUUAAUUUCCUCGAACCGAAAUACAAUGGCAAAAAAUUCGAGGAUCCUCUUACAGAUGCCUAUUUUGAAGCUGCACAUAAGAAAGCCGAAAGGCUAGAGAAGAAUAUACGAAAUACGGAGAAAGGUCGCGCACAACAUGAGAAGGAUCAAAUUAUUCGAUUGCUCAACGAGCUACAAGGCCAUGACUGGCUAAGAAUAAUGGGUGUUAGCGGUGUCACGGAAAGCCGCAAGAAAACAUUUGAACCUGCUCGAGAUCACUUCAUCAAGGGCUGCCAGGCGAUCCUUGCUAAGUUCAGGAUGUGGACCCAAGAAGAAAAGAGGCGAAAACUUAUGAAAGAACGCGCCGCAGCAGAAGAAGCAGAGGAAAGCGAAGACAAGUCAAGCGAAGAGGAGGAGGACGAACAAUUGAGCGAAGAAGAGGGCUCAGAUGGGGACGUAGAGAUGAUUGAUGCUGGCGCGGAUGAUGAAGGCGAUGUCAGCGACGGCGACCCACCGGAUUACAGUGAUGUCGAUCCAUCUGCAAAACAACUUCUUGAUGAGGCAAUGGCGCGGGCGAAAUACACGGCGACGGCCUCGAAGAAAUCUCGCGGCGAACCCCCUCCAAAACACCAAGAACCACUCGUGGAGAAAGAAUUCACUUCAUUUUUUGCAAAGAAACACCAACGCGACGCAGCUUUGAGCAAAGGUCGACGAAGAGGUAGGACCGUCGUGGCCUGGGGUCAUCAUAUCCCAGAUAUGCCGGAGUCCGACUUCGAGUUACCUGAGGAAUACCGAGACAUGGAGACCCUUAAGGCUCACGAGAGGCAAAAGAGAAGGGAGAGGCGACAACGACAACAUUGAAUUGACACAUUUGGGUUGAAGACUAUUAAUUGUCUUUGCUUUUAAGACAUGGACAUUUGUCCGGCGUGGGUGCGGAUUGGCGGCGCAUCCAAAUUAUUAAUACAGAAUCGAUGUGAACACAGUAUAUAUGUCACUGGAUUCAUACAUGCAUGCGUAGCUACAUAUGUGGCGGACUUGAACAGGCGCAUGUCUCGGUAUGCUGCUGGAGGGUCUGUCCGCACAGAUUGGAGUGUACUUUACACUGCUAUGCUAUGCGCACUAUUACACGCCAAAUGUAUGUAGCUACAUCGCGUCUAAUCUUUAAAUAAGACGAAAUAAAUAGCGUUGAAUGAUGUAUAUGAGUGACUCACCUUUAUACACAUAGGUAGUCAAAGCGAA